AGGACUUCAUCAGGACCGCACACCAUGGAGCUGUUCACCAAAACUCUCCUUCUGUGCUUAGCACUUGGCCUCGCUAAUGGAGCACCUGUGAACCAUCAACAUUCAUCAGCAGUCGAUGGAGCUGCCCAUGCUGCUGCGCCAGACCGGUGUGAAGGUAUUGAGUUUGAUGCCAUUACUCUUGACGCGAAGGGAACCGCUUUAUUCUUCAAAGGUGGCCAUGUAUGGAAGGGCUUCCACGGUCCACUUCAUCUUUCCAAUGAGUUCUUCAAGGAGCUGGAUGACAUCCAUCUGGUCGGCCAUGUUGAUGCUGCCUUCCGCAUGCACAACAAAGAAAACCCAGAAGAUCAUGAUCACACUUAUUUCUUCCAGAAUGACAAGGUGUUCAAGUAUGAUAAUGACACUCUAGAGAACGGGUAUCCAAAAACGAUUCAAGAAGAGUUCCCAGGAGUUCCUUCUCAUCUUGAUGCCGCUGUGGAGUGUCCCCAAGAAGAGUGUGCAACCAACUCGGUUCUAUUCUUCAAGGGACAUGAUGUGCAUGUUUAUGAUAUUGGCACAAAGGCGGUGAAGAACAAGACGUGGUCCCACCUGCCUGUCUGCACCUCAGUUUUACGCUGGGCAGAGCACUACUACUGUUUCCAUGGACACAAUUUCACCAGGUUCAACCCAGUAACUGGAGAGGUGAGCGGUACCUACCCAAAAGAUGCCCGCAAUUACUUCAUGAAGUGUGCCAACUUUGGUCACGGAGGUGGUUAUCAAGCCCCUAAAUGCAGUGAGGUCAAAUUAGAUGCCAUCACUAGUGAUGAUGCAGGAAAAACGUAUUUAUUUUCAGGUCCUAUAUACAUGCGCCUGGACACCCAUCGUGACGGCCUUCACGCCUUCCCAAUAAUCAGGUUAUGGAAAGAGGUGACCAACGGGGUGGAUGCUGUCUUCUCCUUCGCUGACAAAAUGUACUUGAUUAAGGAUGACAAGGUUUACAUCUAUAAGAAAAUUGUACACUAUACCCUGAUUGAAGGCUACCCUAAAUCCCUGAAGGAGGAACUUGGCAUUGAAGGACACGUGGACGCUGCUUUUGUCUGUCCCAAUGAACACACAGUUCAUAUAAUCCAAGGACGGACGAUGCGUGACGUCGACCUUUCCGCCACACCAAGGGUGGUGACCCAAGGGGUGCCCUUGCCCUUGAGCAACAUUGAUGCUGCUCUGUGCGGUCCAGACGGAAUUAAUGUGUUCGAGGGCUCUAAGUAUUACCACUAUCAGAGCCCUAUGAUACUGGCUACAAGCAGAAUGGCCCCUUUUCCUAAGAAUAUCACCCCAGCAAUGAUGGGAUGUGAGGAAUAG